AUGAAACACAUCAUCGUCACAGGCGCCGCAAACGGUCUCGGACGAUAUCUCGCAACCGACCUCCUCACACGCGGAUACCGCGUAACAUUCGCCGAUGCAGACCGUGCCGCACUCCAAAAACUCCCGUCACUGAUCCCCGAUACAAAGAACGCGCAUUUCCAGUAUUGCGAUAUAUCAAGUGAGGACAGCGUCAAAAAGCUGUUCGAGGAUGCGAUCAGCGCGGAUCCGGAGGGUGGGUUGUGGGGACUCGUUAAUAACGCCGGAAUCGCUGCUGCAUUUCUUGAUCCCUCUAAUCCCGCUGCGACGAUGGAUGAAUUGCCAUCUUCGGCGUUUAUGUCGUAUGUCAACACGAAUUUGGUUGGGACGUAUAUGUGUUCGCGGUAUGCUGUGCCGUAUUUAAGGAAGAGUGAGGGAUGUGUGGUGAAUAUCGCUAGUACGCGGGCGUGGAUGUCGGAGCCGAAUUGUGAGGGGUAUGCGGCGUCCAAAGGUGGUGUGGUGGCAUUAACGCAUGCGAUGGCUGUUUCUCUUGGUCCUAAUGUUAGGGUGAACUCUGUUUCGCCAGGGUGGAUUGAUGUACGGCAUCUGCAGACAGACACGAAGGGUGAGGAACAGGAGGAGUUAAGGAAGGAGGAUCAUGAGCAGCAUCCGGCGGGGAGAGUUGGGAUGCCGGAGGAUUUGGCGAGGGUUGUGAGGAUGUUGGUGGAGGAUGUGGGGGGGUUUAUUACUGGGCAGGAUUUUGUUGUGGAUGGAGGAAUGACGAAGAAGAUGAUUUAUAAAGAGUAG